AUGCCUCAGGAGCAGGACCUCGCGCCGGGCGAGUCGGGAGGCGUCGGCCCGAGGCGGCAGGGCACGGAGGACGGCCCGCUCAAGGUCGCGGCGAUGGAGGCCGGCGGAGAUAAGGCGGCCACGAAGCCCACCGCGGCGGGGGAUGCGAAUGAGGGCGCGGGGGCCGAGCGAGGCAAGGAGGAGGACGGGGUGGAGGCGGCGCCCGAAGGGGAGGUCAAGCUGAGGAAGAACAGCAUCCAGGAGCGGCGGAAGGGCAAGGGGCUGCUGGUCGGGUCUCAGGUGCUGCGGCUGCCCGUGCAGAGGUCCGCCUCGUCGCCGCGCCUCACGCCGGAGCGCGGGGAGCUGCUCUCCCUGGACUCCCCCGUCCGCGACCGCGCGCCCUCGCCCGCGUCCUCCAGCAGCCCCAACCCCGGCGGCCCAAGGAGCCCCGCCAUGAUGAUGCUGUCGCGGGUCUUCAGCUUCCACAACGCGCGCUCGCCCUCCAAGACGUCCCCCUCGCCGCCCUACUCCCCGGUGUCCGCCCCCUCCCACAGCCCGCAGAGGGACUCGCCCAAGCACCGCCGCAGCCUCCACUUCCCCGUGCACCACAGCCCGUCGCCCACCGGAGGCAAGUCCAAGUUCCCCAAGUUCUCCUCCGCAGAGGCGUCCUCGGCCAAGUCCUCCUCCACCAAGUCCUCCCCCAAGUCGUCCCCCACCACGACCUCCCCGACGCAGAGCAGCCGCUCGGAGCCGGCGACGCCCAAGAAGGUGUCUCCGCUGAGCUCCCAAGUCGCGUCCAAGUUCUUCCUGCCGGUCCGCCCGUGUCCCCGGCGGGAGGGUGGAGCGCAUGGGCGACACGGGCGGGAUCCUGUACCGCCCGAGCAGCGCCCGGAGGAACCUCCUGCACCGCCGCACGCUCUCCGAUAA